AUGCCGCCUAACUGCUCCUUCGAGAUCGACGACCUUGAGAAGCCUUGGACAUGGUCAAAGAAGUUCGACUUCAUAUUCUCCAGAACAUUAAAUGGUAGCAUCCUAGAUCCGGUAAGAUUAGUCGACAGCAUCUACAACCAACUCGAGCCCGGCGGCUGGUUCGAAGCCCAGGACGUAUCGAUGGAGGCCCACAGCGAUGACGACACGAUACCAGAGAACAGCUCGCUUGUGCAAUGGGCCACAGAGGUUGUUGACGCCAUGGAGAAGAUCAACCGCUCGCUCAAGCUAGCUUCGCGCUGGAAGCAGCUUCUUAUCGAUCGUGGCUUUGAGGAUGUCAGAGAGAUAGUCUACAAGUGGCCGACCAACACGUGGCCUCGAGACAAAACGAUGAAGGAUAUCGGCGGCUGGGGCCUAGCCAACCUCGACUCCUUCCUCGAGUCUGCUGCUCUCGGAACGCUCACGACCAUCAAAGGUUGGUCGAAGGAGGAGGUCAUUGUCUUGUGCUCGCAGGCAAGAAAAGAAAUGCGUGACCCUAGGAUUCACAUUUGGUGGCCUGUGUAA